UCACAAAUAUUGUACGCCAAGGCCGUUGCACACUGGUCGCCACUAUUCAGAUGUAUAAAAUUCUAGCUCUUAACUGUUUGAUUUCAGCUUACAGUUUAAGUGUCCUGUACUUGGAAGGUGUUAAACACGGUGACCUACAAAUUACAAUAUCUGGCAUGCUGUUAGCUGUAUGCUUUCUUUGUAUAUCAAAAGCAAAGCCUUUAGAGAAACUUUCUAAGCAACGACCGCAGAGCAACGUAUUUAACUUUUAUAUCAUACUUUCUAUUCUUGGACAAUUUGCAAUUCAUAUUGCCUCGUUGAUAUAUAUCGUCGAUUUAGUUUUUCAUUAUGAAGAAAAGAAGGUAGUUGACUUGGAAGGUGAAUUUGAACCCAGUCUACUAAAUACUGCGGUUUAUUUAAUAUCCUUGUCCAUGCAAGUUUCUACAUUCGCCAUCAACUAUCAGGGACAUCCCUUCAGGGAAAGUUUGAAAGAAAAUACCGCACUUUAUUAUGGUUUGCUUUCUGUUGGUUCCGUUGCUUUAUGUGGCGCUACUGAAUUUGUUCCUGAAAUGAAUUCAAUAUUGAAACUGGUUCCACUUAAGGAUGAG